AUGGUGGAUGUGCUGAGGGGGAGCAAGGAUGCCACGAUCACAUCAAAAGUUCAUUCCAAGAGGAGUGGUGAGGAUGAUGAAGAGGAUGAUGAUGAUGUCAGCAGGCCUAGUGGUCUGAGCAGCUCAGGAGCAGUUAGCUACAGUCUACGGAAGGACAUGUUUGAUGCUUUCAGUCUUUGGUUUGAUAUGGAGAAGAAUGUGACUGCGGUCUACAAGUUUUUCCUCUUAGGAUUUCAGAUUAAUGGAGAUGUAAGAAUUCUCCUGUUCUGUCUUUUCCUGGUGGUUUACUGUGGGACCAUAUGUGGGAACCUCCUGAUCAUCUCCCUGGUGUCCUCCAGCAGGAACCUCCGCACCCCCAUGUACUUCUUCAUCUCACAUCUGUCCAUCAGUGACAUCUUAAUAUCUACAGACAUUGUCCCUAAUAUGCUUCAUAUAGUCCUGAAUAAUGGGGGGGCCAUUACUUUUAUCGGCUGUAUUACUCAGAUUUAUAUUUUUAGUUCUUCAGAAAAUGUUGAGUGUUUUGUCCUCGCUGUGAUGUCCUAUGACAGAUAUGUGGCCAUCUGUAACCCCCUCCACUACUCCUCUAUCAUGACUAGUGGACAUUGUGUCAUAUCCUCCAUCAUCUGCUGGUUUGUCGGGUUUUUGAUUACAUUAUUUUUUGUCAUUACAUUUGUAAAGCUAAACUUUUGUGGACCAAAUAUCAUUGACCAUUUCUUCUGUGACAUCAUGCCUUUACUAGACCUCUCCUGUUCUGACACUUUCAUUGUUCAUUUAGUCAAAUAUAUCAUAGGAACUCCAGUUCUCUUCAUUCCAACCACCAUCAUUGUUGUGUCUUAUACUUAUAUUGUCUCGUCUGUCUUAAGGAUCUCAUCCAGUAUCGGUAGACAGAAAGCCUUCUCCACCUGUAGCUCCCACCUCAUUGUAGUCUCCAUAUUCUACGGGACUCUGAUCGGAGUUUAUCUUGUCCCAACAAAAGGCCGAACACUCUCCAUGAGUAAGAUCCUCUCCCUGCUAUACACAGUGUUCACUCCUUUGGUCAACCCCUUAAUAUACAGUCUGAGGAAUAAAGACAUCAGGAAAGCUGUACAGGAAACCCUUCAGAAGCCGGUUAUUUGGUGGAUCAAAGAUUAA